AAAAAAAAAAAAAAGAGAGAGAGAAAAACCAAACAAAGCGGUGACUUUAAUUCCCAGCAUGAAGCUCCCCCCAUGCUAUAUAAACACCUGGAAAAAAAUUCCAGAGGGACAAAGUGAAGUGUUGAACGCUUUGCAGCCAGCAGAGCUUGGGGCUCGUGACUGCAGUCAAGGAAUGCUCCCUCUCCCAGGAAAAGCCUGGGACUCACGAGCCUUGCUGGGACAAGGAGUGGCUGGGUGGCGAAUUGCCUGAUUUCCUGGUGUCUUGUCCAAGAAACAGUGCUGGGGGGAGGCCACACCCCGGGGAACGUGACAGGGAACGCGCCGGGACCGCGCCGGGACCCGUCCGACAGCCCCGACCUGCCCGGCGAGUGCGGCUCUGGCACGGCUGCAGUUCCCCAUUUCUAACCUCGGGCUGAAAGGGCAAAGCCCAGAGCCAGGGGAGGCCGGCGGGCACGAGCCCUUCCACCUUCCCCUCCGGAGCCGAGAGCUCGGGAGCAGCCAGGAGGCUUCCAGAAGGAAAAAGGACCUCUCCAGCAAGCGCGUCAGGGAUGAUAAUUAAACAAUUGCUUCAGUGCUCUGAAACUUCCCCAGUCUGGGGUGCAGGGAGUGAGGAUCUGUCACACGCUGACUGCACCAGGUACAAAGUGUUUUCAGGGUCACGCAUGAUGUGCCAUGAGCAGGAGGGACGUGUCCUCCGCAUUCCCCGCGCUGGAAUCGCAGCUGCGGUGCUGGGAACGGCCUCCCGCAAACCUGGGGGAUGCUCCCUGCACCUCACCCGGCUGCUGCUGCCUGGGAAACACCCCUGUUCCCACUAAAUUCACCCCUUAUCCAGCACGGGCUUGUGGGGUGCAGCAGGAUGCGCCAAGAGAUUUCCAGCACCAAAGGAUAAUGCUGGAAGGACGUUCCUGCUCCACACAAAGUUUCAGGCAUUGCUCUGGGAGGCAGGGAGGAGAUGGGAUGAGAGUGGUCCAGCACUGGACAAGCUCUCCAGGGAAUGGUUGCAGACCCAAGGCUGCCAGAGCUCAAGGAAUGUGUGGACAAUGCUCUCAGGCAUGGGGUGGGAGGAGUAUGGACUUGGAUGAUCCUUGUGGGUCCCUUCCAGCUGCUUCCAGGUGCUUCCAGCUUCCUGGGCAGUCUGAUCCCUCCCUUUCAUUGGAAAGAUGUCCCUUCAUCCCAAAAAGCAGCCACUUUGCAUCACAAGGGAUCAGCCUGGAUGGGGGAGGUGGGAAGAUGCGCAUUUUGGAUUCUGGAUUGGGAUAUCAGCUUAUCACCGUUUUGUUGCAGGUCAGGAAUGCAGGUCUUUUCCUGCUUUGGGAAAAGCAGGAUCACAGCAGCUUGACCCCCAUUUUAUGGGAAAGCCAGCCCUGGGAGCAGGGAGGAAGAGCUGCAGGAGCUGUUUGGAAGCUGAAGAGGAUGGAUAAGGAUCCAGCAGCCAGCAUUCCAUCACCAGCACUGCUCCUGGCUCCUGUUCCCACCGCCCAGCCCGAGUGGAUGGAGCAAAAUGCACAAGCAGGGACACGCAGCUGUCGAGACACCGGCGAGCUCCUCUUGCUUCACCCCCUGGGCUGGGCUGCCUUGGGCUUGGGAUUGGGCUUUUCUGCAGCAUUACUGCAUCGAUUUGGGUUGCAACACCCCAAGGUUAUUUGUCAUUGAUUUGAGGCUGCUGCCACCGCUGAUUUGCCUGGUCCAGGCCAGCCCCCGCCCGCGCAGCCUUUUCUCCGUCUGAGUGAACGAAAUGCUCACCGCAGAGAGAGUUUCCAGAAAUGA